UCCUCCCCAACACCAAAGAAAUAACAGCGUGCGUUCAGCUCCAGUCAAUUUGCCGAGCGGCGGCAGUCCAAGCCUUUCUGCCUCUCCGUCCACAACGGUGACGAAUCCCGGAGUGGGUCCACGCGGCUCUGUAGCAUCAAGGGAGAGAGAAGAGUUGCAGUGCGCUCUUUUAGGGACGCUUUUACGCACGCAAAUCGCGCACUGGGAUUUACUGGAUUUCAAGAGAUACUUGGGCAUUUGAUGGAAUAAUAACAUCUUCACCAUGAUACCAAAUAUAAAGCAGAUCCUGUGGUUUUAUUGUCUCUGUGAAGCAGCAACUGCAAGCGUCGCCAACACAUUAUCAAUCAUCAAGCCAGUCACUGGCUCUCUCUCCGGGAAGGUUAGCCUUCCGUGUUUCUUCUCCACGAUUCCAACCUCGUCACCAGUCAACCCAAAUGCCACCAGCGUUUUUUCCACAGAGGACUUACGCAUCAAAUGGACCAAAUUAGAGGGAGAUGUUGAGUCAACGGUGUUAGUGGCCCAAAAUGGGAUCAUCAAGAUCGGCUCCAGUUACAGGAACCGGGUCUCCGUGCCCAGUCAUCCCGAAGUUGUGGGGGAUGCCUCGUUGACGAUGGUCAAGCUGCUUGCUAGCGAUGCUGGCACGUAUCGCUGCGAGGUCAUGUUCGGCAUCGAGGACACCCGCGAUACUGUUGACCUCAACGUCAAUGGUGUCGUCUUUCACUACCGCACCAACAAUAGCAGGUACACAUUGGACUACCAGAAGGCUGUCCAAGCUUGCGAAGAUAUCGGCGCGACCAUCGCCACGUACGACCAGCUGAAAGCGGCGUACGAGGACGGUUUUGAUCAGUGUGAUGCUGGAUGGAUUGCCGACCAGACUGUCAGAUACCCCAUCGUAAAUCCCAGAAAGGGCUGCUAUGGCAACCUACAGAAUAAACCUGGUGUGAGGUCAUAUGGAACCAGGAAACCGACAGAAACGUACGACGUUUACUGUUAUGUGGACAAACUUUACGGUGACGUGUUCUACGCUCCCGUGUCUCAGAAAAUGACUUUUGAAGAAGCAAAGGAGGAAUGUAAGAAGAGAAAUAGCGAGCUGGCAACUCCCGGCCAGCUUCACGCCGCCUGGCGACGAGGUCUCGACAGGUGUGACUACGGCUGGCUUUCAGAUGGCAGUGCGCGAUAUCCAGUUUCUGUACCCAAACUUCAGUGUGGCGGAGGCCUGCUGGGGGUCAGAACCCUGUACCGCUAUCGGAACCAAACUGGAUUCCCAGAAGUGACAACCCGGCUCGGGGCUUACUGCUUUAGAGGAAGGAAACUGAUGAUCAACCAAACUUCUUUUGUGGAUGUAUUUAUCAUCAACGACACAAGCACCACCUUCAGUUCCUCCACCGUUCCUUUAUUUGAGAGUAGCUCGGUUGCUCAAACCCAAACUUCUGAAACUGGAUCAGAGGCUGAAGAGGACACACUUACCACAGAUUCCCCGUCCAUGUUUUCUACUAGUAUGGUUCCACCACGUCCUACUCCGGCAGGAAAAGAAGAGAAGUUAUUUACCACAGUGGCGCCGACCGUUUUGGAAGAUCGUGAAGAAGACAUUGACGAUCUAAAACCAGUAGACCCGGACUUUGAUGUUGAUGACUUUGUACAUGAGAAUGUAACAUUUCUCGAAUCGGUUCCCCAUCGUGGCGACACAUUGCCCGAAGCAAUGGAAGAUCCAGACGAUCAUUCAGUCAUUGAGAUCAGCACCAUUGAAACCGAUGCGGUACUGCACGAUGCCUCUCCUAGAACAGAGCCCAUGUUUGCUGAGGGGGAAACAGAGGAAACUAUCCUGAAUUCUAAUCUGACUGACGCCGCCACGGACGUUGAAAGUGAACACGUUAUCAGUUCGUCAAAAACGACACCAACUGACUCGACGCGGCCAUUCCCGUUCUACGAUGAGUUCGGGACAGAUUUACUGGUGGAGGCACCGCCACCCGCUGUCACAGGACCGUCACAGGACAUCUUGCACAGCACAGAUGAGACCACCACCACCGUCAUUCCCGCCAGCACCACGUUUAUGUGCAACACCAAGCCUGGCGGCACUGAGGUGGACGUCAGCACCACCGCCCCAUCACCGCCGGAAACAACCACGCAGAACAAAGUCCUAAUACAGCAUGUCGUGACCCCAGAAGAAAGUCUGUUUGACACCGGUACCGGUACUCCCAUGCUCGUUGAAGGUGUGACAUCCGAUGAUGGGUCGACAAGUGUCUUUGACCAGUCCACCGAUCAGGUGUCAGAACAAAACCACGACACCCUCACAUCGAUUGACACGACAGAAAACAUAGAUGCCGAGUUCUUCACACCUGCUACGGUGGUUUUAACUGCAAACAGCAACAGCACUGCCCCGGAAGCAACGGUCACAAAGGAAUCAUCCACCAAAGAGACCACCACUACCAUGCCUGAGCAGAACGCAUCAGAUGCCCAGAUCCUUCAGUCACAGAACUCUCAGUCUCCAGUCUUGCUUAACCCUUCCAUCAGCUCAAUGGUAGAUGGUGAGCCCAUCCUCCAGAGCGGCCACCCAGACUUGUCCCCUACCACUGUAACUACCACCCCAAUUGUUAGUUUUAUUAAUGGAAAACAUGAAAUAACACAUGACCCAUUGAGUCCAGAGGACAAAGAAGCCAAAGGUACGCAAAUUGUGACAAAUGUGAAAAAUUUAAGAGGAAAUGUAGAAACAACUACACAGAUUGAUUAUGGACGGGCCAACCUCUCUGGAGAUAGCGUCACUGAAUUGAAAGAAGGGUUCCUCUCAAGCACAGAAAAACUGAACCCAGAUGACCCUGGCUCUGAUAUUAUCCCAGCAAUUGAAACAAAACCCCCUCCAAUUUUUCCUGGACGUGAAGAAGCCUCCACACAGAAAGACAAAACUUCUGCUCCAACUGCAAUUGUGGGUGACAUCACAUCAUUUAAAACCACACAAAAAGCCAGCUCCGAAACCACAUACGGGAUGUUGGUUGCAGCUACUUCUGCUCAUUUCUUUCCGACACCAUCACCAUCUGAGGCACAUAUGACCGAAAUAUCAGAGGACAGCCAAAUAACCUUGUCAGAUAAGGUAACCUCCGCUGUCAUCACAACAACUGCACAGAAACAGGGAGACAAGUCAAGCGACGCUCCCACAUCGAUGAGGAGUGACUCACAAGUGACUCAAACAGACAAGGCAAAGGAUCCAUCCCUUUUUACUUUGGCAACAAAUCUUCACACAGACAGAAACAUAGUUUACCCAACAAUAGAAAGAAAAAGCACAUCUGCCCCACCAGCUGCUGAAGAUUCCUCCCAGGCUUCUCUCCAGACUGUAUACAUUCCCUUGUCUCAUGAUACAGAUGAGAAAACAAGUACAAAGAGCAGCAUUACGGAAGGAAUGUCAAAACCAUUCGUAGUACAAGUGGCAUCAACAAUUUCGUCUGACAUCAAUCUAAGGUCAAUGCCAUCCUCUACAUUUAAUUCCACACCAAGUACACUUUCUAUUGACAGCACUGAGGCUUCAGUACUUCCAAGUAUAUCCUCUAGUUCUGCUGAUAUUUAUGAUGACAUUAUAAGUAGUGAGACGAUGAUGGUUGAGUCUGUUCCUUCAUUGAGUCUAUCAACCAUCGCAACUGGAACAGGUUCAUUAUUCUUUAGCAAAGAGGGGUCAGCUGAUGACACGGAUGAGUUUGCUGAAGAGUCACAUAUCAUAACAACUGCUAUCUCUUCAAAGUUUAGUACGGACACGCCAGCAACAACAGCCUCACAAGGAAGUGAAACAAGUGUCAUUUCGAGGGCAUCUGAUACUACUGCAGCAUCCGUUUAUCACACUGAGAAACAAAACCCAAUAUAUCUUGAAAUGCAACCAUUAAGUACAGUUCAUGCCGAGGAAGUUCAAGAUGGUUCAGGUGACCAAAAUCCGGACAUGAUCAUUCUGACAUCAUCUGUGACUGCCGCAUCGGCUCUCGAUAGUACAGACGUAUCUACUGCCGAAUCUCCAAUUCUAACAUCUACCACCGAAGAAGUUAAGGUCGUGGUUGCAAACACUGAGUCCAGUCUAUCUGUCAGUGGGUCAAGCUUGACACCUGAACCUGAAUCAUCAUCUGGAGACAUGGCCAUCGAGCUCACUCGAGACUCGUUCAUGUCACCGACGACUUCCAUCUCGAUAAUUAGCACUAACACCCAAGUACACCAAGCAAGCACGAAGAAUUCUGGAGGCCUAACAGACGCCGCUAUUGGAGGUUCAAAAAUCCCAACACCUACUGUUUCAUCCAUGUAUAGUACAGAGGCGCCAGCAGUGAAAGCAUCAACUUCAAGGUCUCAUGAAAUUCAAACAUCAUCAGAUAUGGCUGGGACAGAUAAAGUGGUAUGGACAACAGGUUCAACUUCUUUUAUGAGCCUAGCAGAUCAAGAUGCUCCAGAUAUUAAAGAUAUAAACUUCAGCACAAAAUCCAUUCCAUCUGUCAUUGGUUCAACUAUGACACCUAAAACAGAAUCAUCAUCAAUCAGCAGCACCUUUUCCGAAGGUUCUGGAGAUGAGCUCACUGGGGAGUCUUUUAUUUCAACAACUAUUUCCUAUUCAUCAUUUAGCACUAAUACUCCAGUAGUGACAACAUCACAUGUAACAAGUGAGAUGGAGGACUCAUCACUUAUGCCUGAAAAGAAUGGAUCUUUUCCAGAAAAUCAGGAAGAGGGUUCAGGCGAACAAAAGACUGAAGUGUCACAAAAACUGCCAGCAUCUCCAAACACUUCCUUGUUGUUGAGCACCAAACAAACAACAGAAAGCCAUGAACCAGGCAUUACAGCAAUUACAGGAAAACCAUCAGUUUCUCUGGUGUCCAACAUGACCAAUCCAAUACCAACCAUCAGUGGCCCAACCAUGAGAAGUGAAGAGGCAUUAUUCUCUUCUACCACACUUACAGAAAGUUCUGGAGAUGGCGCUGAUGUUUUCAGUGGAGCGUCAGAAAUCACACCAACUUCUGUUUCCUCAAUGUUUAGCACAAAAACACCAAGAGCGACAUUGUGA